AUGAAGGCCAGCCUUUUCCUCUUUUCCGUCCUCGCGGCCAUCGCGGCGGCCAAGACUACCACCGCCAAGGUUGACAACAAGCCGAGCCCUACCCUCAAAGACACGACCAAGACCAUCGUCCGCAAGGCCACUCCCACCGUUGAGAGCGAGACAAGGCCCACCAUCCUGGAGCGCGAGGCGGAGACCACCGGUGACUUGGGUAAUUAG